UGCGACAUAGGGGACACCAGCGGGAUAAUGAGCCCGGUUAAAUCUGAUUGCGCAGACACAUGUCGGCCAACAGUAUGUAUUUAAAGUGUGCACUACUUUGAACCAGGAGUUCGUUACAGUUCAACUGCGCCGUUUUACAAUGUUUUUAUUAUGUCCGAACUCCCCCGCUAACCGCGGAACGUGGAUAGCUCCUAAAAUGGCGGCGGUUUCUGUCAGUGUGGAGUGAAACUUUCCUCAUUUCAGUGAAGAUUUGUGUCGUUUUCCGACACAUUCUGUCGACUGGGUUUUACAGCUAGCGUUGCCGGAACACGGAGGCGGUUGACGGUGUUCGCCUGGACCGAGCGGCGUCACCACGGGCUCCGUCUGUAACCCGACAAAAGCGUCGGGCUUUUCCUCGAAGUUGACGGUGGCUCGAUGCCCGACAUUGCGAUUAUACCGACCGUUGUGUUAUCAUCGGAUCGCUCAACGCGGAACCGUCGGGUGAGAUCGGAAGCGGCCGAGUAGCGUCGAACACGACUCGGCAGCUUGUGGCUCGACCCCAUUCCGCCGGGGCUGGCCCGAGGACGUGUCGCGUCACUUGAGAUAUAUAGUUGGUGUUGGAUGUCACCGCCAGUCAGUGUCGGGCUGAAUUCGGUUCGCUAGCGUCGCCCAUCCUGGCAAAUCAAAUGGAGAAGCUCCAGGACCUGAGCCAAUCAGAGCUCCAGGAGCUCCUGGACAACCCAGAGAGGGUGGAGUCUAUGGCGCUGGAGUCUGACGAGAUCCAGAACAUCCAGCUGGAGAGAGAGAUGGCAUUGGCAUCAAAUCGCAGCCUGGCUGAGCAAAACCUGGACAUGAAGCCUCGUCUAGAGUCAGAGAGGGAGGUCCUGGUGGAGAAAUAUUCUCAGCUGGAGGCCAUCAGAGAAACCUACAGACAACACUGCUCCCUGAGAGAUGGGAUGGUGGGUCAGGUGUCCCCAGAGGCAUUGUUCUCCAGACUACAGACAGAGGGCAGCAAAACAGAGGCAGAGUCCGAGGCUCUAGCUGAUGAGUUUCUGGAGGGCUCGCUGCAGUUGGACCCCUUCCUGGAUCGCUUCCUCUCCCUGCGGUCCCUCGCUCACAAAAGACGGGUGCGGAUAGAAAAACUCCAGGAGAUCCUCCGGCAGAGGAGCGAGGGCAAUCCCAACGCCAUGACACUAUCAGCAGGCAGCAGCCAAGACCCCGCUGCCACCCCCUCACCGUGGAGUCAACAGACGACAACGGCAACGGCGACGAAUCCGCAGCAGCCAAACUCCACACCUCAGCCCUCCGGCUACCAAAACGCCCCGCAGCCGGCCUCCUCUGCAGGGGGCCCCUCCGGUCUCCCCUAUAGCCCGUACCCCGUCACACCCAACCAUCCCCCUGCCGCGGCAGCAGGCCCGGCCAACAUCCCGUCACAGUUUCCUCCAUACCCAGGUCCCGGCUCACCUUUCACCCCAGCAGGGAGCUACCCCGGCCCCAGGCCUGCUUUCGGGCCUCCGGCUUCAUCCGCCUGCCCUUACCCGACCCCGCCCUCCUUCCCUUCCCCACACCCGGGCUCAGCAUUCGGCCAGUACACCCCGAGCCAGCCCCAGAGUGGCCCCGCGCCCUACCCGGCCUCCUACAGCUACGGCGGCUACAGCUACCCAGCCGGGCCCGCGUCGGCACCAGGGAGACCCAUCUACAGACCAGGAUAUGGAGUUCCUCAGCCGUACUCAUGAAAGCACUACUGCUCCUCUGUCUCAAUUCUUCCUCUCAAAUCUUCCCUCCAUUGCUCUCCACACCGCCCUCCCUCCCUCCCUCCCUUAACGCCAGUCUCCCCCAGCCUAUAUCCCUCUCCUCUCGUCUUUUUCUACCCUCCCUCUUUCUUUCUCCCAUAUUGAGGUCUCUCGCUUUACUUCUCUUUGUUGCACUAUUUCUCUCUUUCUAUUAUCGGUCUGAUGAUCUCUCCGUCUCUCUUUCCUUUCUCCCGUCUCUGUCACCCUACGGCCCACCAACUCCCCCACACUAGUCUCAGGUUGUUGCGUUGUGUUUAAGUGUUAAAACACUAUCUGGCCCUUCAUACCCUCACCCCGCCCCCCCCCCCCUCUCCAUCGAUCCUCCCCUCCCCUCCUCCUUUUCCAUUUCUUGUGUGUGUGUGUGUGUGUGUGUGUUUCGCUCUUUGGCAAUCAGAAAGUCCUUAUAAACACACAAGUGCACUCCCCUUAUGACACAUGCAUGUCUUUGUAACACCACAUCAGUGUCCAGUAGCUGUCUGAUUUACAUUGUUAUUCACAAGCACACGUAGACAAAGUGGCUCAUGAUGGAACUGGGCCUCGAGUCGUGGUCCUUGGGCCCAUAACAUGCAAUUGAAUUGGCAAAGUUGAUGGCCGUCACAAAGUCUGGCUCUCAUAUCAGCAGUAGCUGCUGGAUCUGUCAGCUCUUCCAGGCACCUCCCCAAGUACAAACACAAGUGUUUCAUUAUGCACAUGCCUGUAGACGGCGGGAAGAGGAACCUCCAGUCAUCCCUUUAUCUUUUGGUCAACCAAAGAACCUUGUGACGAUCACAGUGCUUUGCUUCUUUUCUGUUUUCUCUGUCCUGGUUCACUCCCCCUUUUCCAUUUUGGUCCCAGAACUGUUGGGGGGGGCAAAAGCUUCUUUACCCCGUGUGUCUACUUGGGGGCAGUUUGAAUCUAGUUCCAACAUUGAGUACUAUGAUCUGGAUGGUGUAAGCGGUUGCUUGUGGAGCGCUGUAGAGCUGAGGGAACAACGGGCGAAUCCACGUAGUCGGCUGAUCCACUGCCAGAUGGGUCCUGAACAAACCUUCCCUUCCGGUCUACGGUGAAUCCAAAAUGCGAGUCUCCAUUCCUAGACCCACGUGACACCGACGGCUAACAAGUGCAGCUGUCGGUGUCACUUGUUAGCCGUCCUUAUUGGCGUGUCUUACGUUUGUAGUGUCAUGUAUGUAUCUCACUCCUAUACACACAAAAACAUAUACACAACUAUCACAAAGGGCUCGUAAGACGAGGCCGGAAGGGCAGUACUACCAGAAAUUUGUAAAAUGGUCUCUUCAACAUACAUUAGCUAGCUAGCUAGCUAGCUAGCUAAUGUAUGUAGGUGUUGGCUAAUGUUAGAGGCAGAUUGCCCACCUCUCCAACCAACAUGAAAAGCAACUCCACUUCAGAAGUGGUGCUUCUCCGAGUCAUGUUUGGCUUGUGUAGACCGGUAGCGCAUGGUGCUUUAAUGCUAAGAGCAAGCGCAAUGAACCCUGGACGGGUUGAUGUGGGUUCAGGGGGGAGUCCUGUACGUCACCCCCGCUGUACCCGCUGCUGCACGUCUGUCGUUCACCGUUUGAGCCAAACAUACUUUCACUCCUUCGUUUCCACCUGUCGUACUCAUCCCUUCCUCCUGUCCUGACCUUCCUCUCCGUCACUCUCCCCCUCUCUUCAUCUGCUCGUUGAAUAUGAACUGAUGCUUGACAAUGAUAACCCGAAGAGAAUAGUUUUAUUUCUAUAAGUUCACGCUAUCCAUGAGAAUACAUGUGACGUGUAUAGUUUAAUGGAGUGAUGAAUAUAAAGUUGGAGAUCAGUUCUGUGUCAUUUUAAUCAAUACAAAUAAUAUCAUUGAAAUUGCAAUGUAGGAAAUUGAUGAAAGCUCAUUUAUGGAUCUUUUCGAGGUACAUGCCGCCUCUCUAAAUUUGUAUUACACUGUGGAAUAAACAUGAAACUAUAAUAUCUCAUGAAA